GCCUUUGAAAUGGUCUGACUUUGUCCUUGGUAAGCUUUUUGUGCGACUUGCAAGAAACCAGUUGACGCAUUUUCUAACCUCUCCACGUAACAGUAUGUGGUUACCUGCUAAUUAGAUAUUGUUUACGCUUUAAUAUCCAGCGUAAUGCCUGUUUUAUUUUGUCCCCUCUGUCACUCUUUAUUGAUGAUCGAAGAGUCGGCUCAUUGCUAUUCACUGAACUGUUCUGCUCCCUUAUGUUCUUACAGAUGGUUUGUCACUCAGCCACUAGUUUUAGAACAUAAGCCAAGACAGGAUGUUCGUUUACGUUUAGAGGAAGACGCCGUUUUCUCGGUUGAAGAUGAAUAUAGUUCUUCUGCUCAGACAGAUGAAAAGUGUCCUAAGUGCGGUCAUACGCGAGCGUAUUUUGUCCAAAUGCAGACACGUUCAGCUGACGAACCCAGCACAACCAAGUAUUCUUGUAUGAAAUGUCACCAUAUCUGGACUGAACAAUAAAAAGCAUUGUAAUUGUACAGAAAUGUGCCUAUUCAGAUUAAUUUGUUUAUUCUAUAAAAUAAUUUGAUAAUGAUUGA